AUGGCCGCAAACAAGACCCUCGACCCGGCGACUUGCUCAUCCGCCCCCGAAGCCUUCAAAUACCCCUUACCACAGGUCCGCCAAUUCCACCGCAGCUUGACCGUCGAGCUAGACGAGAAGAAUGCGCGCCUGCGCACAUUGGUGGGGGGUAGCUACCGACAGCUCCUCGGGACGGCAGAGACGAUCUUGCAGAUGAGAGAGGAUAUCGGACAUGUAGAGGAGAAGCUCGGUCGGGUUGGGAAGGGAUGUGGGAGAGCUAUUGUCGGGGGAAAGGCUACCGGGUUGGCGAAGCUGCAGGAGAGAGGGAGAGGGGAGAAGAGGGCUGAGGAUCUGGCGUGGGCAGCAAAACUGAAAGUCUUGGAGAUAUGUGGGGUCACUGUUGGGAAGUUAUUGAGAAAGGGAGGGAAUGUUAACUCGGAAACGAAAGCUGGGAAGGGGAAGAAUCUGGUGCUAGCUGCGAAAGUGCUGGUGUUAAGUCGGUUGUUGGCCAAGAGCGUAGGGGAGAUGGCACCUAAGAGGAGCCAGGAGGACCAGCAUGCAGUGGAAGAGUUGAAGAGGAAAUUGGGUGCGCUACGGAGGAAGCUCCUGAGGGCUGUUGAGAAAACUGCCGAGAAGGUUGGACGGGACAGUCGGGACGACCUGAUCCAAGCACUCGCAGCCCAUAGUCUGGCAACAAGCUCUGGUGCAAAAGAUGUCAUACGGCACUUUCUACACAUCAGAGGCGAAGCUAUGGCUCUUGCAUUUGACGAAGAAGACCAAAAUGCGGAUAGUCCGGGAGUUGUGAGAGCAUUGGAACUGUAUACGCUAACAUUACUCGACGUUCAAGCACUGGUUCCGAGACGGCUCUCAGAAGCUCUGGCAAGCCUGAAAACGAAGCCUUUGCUGAAAGAUGAGUCAAUCAGGAGUCUCGAGGGCCUCAGACUAGAUAUCUGUGAAAAGUGGUUUGGAGACGAAAUUUUGUUCUUCACGCCAUAUAUCAGACACGAUGACCUCGGAGGCAGCCAGGCCGUGGAUAUGCUGAAGGGAUGGUCUAAGAAGGCCUCAGAAGUAAUGUUGCAGGGAUUGGGCAAAACUUUGGGCCAUUUAGCCGAGUUCAAGACCGUCGUCGGUCUACGAACGCAGAUUCUUGAGAUCUGGAUUAAAGAAGGCGGUAAAGCAAAAGGCUUCGAUCCGUCGAUCCUCCUAAAUGGUCUACGAAAAGUCAUCAACGAUCGACUAGUCACGCUGGUCGAGUCUAGAGUGAGCAAACUACAUCUUGUUGCCACAGAAAUCGAAGGAACUUUGGGAGUAUGGAGAGAAGGCAUCACAGACCGACAAGAAAGUCUCUGGGAUGAAACCCUGUUGGAAAUGGAAAUCAGCAACGGAGCAGCGCUCUUCAAGCAAGGUGUUCUCGCCCGUACGCACGGUCGCAGCGAUGCCGUAUCACGAGUCUUCCGAGGCCACCAAACCUGGCGACAUCUCAUCGACGAGGUCAUUGUCAUUCUGGAGCAGCUAAAAAAGCAACGCUGGGAUGACGAUCUGGAAGAUAUUGAAGAUGAUCUCGGUGUUGAGUCUCGGAACACAUUACUGAGCACCGAGGAUCCAAAGAUGCUGCAAGAACACCUCGAUACGAGUUUGGACGAAGCGUAUAGGCAGCUCCAUGACAAGAUAUCUGGAUUGUUGGAGACCUAUGAGGCUAGCGAGCAGAUAGGGCAAAUUUCCAUCUACCUUCUCCGUAUCAUCCGGGACAUUCGCACCGAGCUUCCCAAGCAUGCGGCCCUCCAGGGUUUUGGUCUCCCGCUUGUUGCGCCCCUUCAUCAAAGACUUGCUUCGGAGGUCUCUCUUAAGCCCCUGCAAGCAUUCAGCAGAACAUACACAUUGAAGCGAGUGUCUGGGAGAUUGCUGUGGGAGGGUUCGCCUGAAUUGCCUGUCCAGCCCUCUCCUGGGAUGUUUAAGCUGCUGCACAAUCUGGCACUGGCUAUGACGCAAGUAGGCGGCGACUUAUGGAGUCCAGCUGCUGUGCGCGUUCUGAAGAAGGAGAUGAGGGGUGCGGUGGGUAGGGGAUGGAGCGAAGCUCUCAAGGCGAAAGCCAAAGUCGAAGUCGAGGCCAAAGUCGAAGUCGAGGCCAAAGUCGAAGUCGAGGCCGAAGUCGAAGUCGAGGCCAAAGCCGAAGUCGAAGCCGGGGUCAACGGGACGACCAACGGCGCCAAUGCCGAGGCCGAGACGGAUACUGCAAACGGGACCGAGCCUACCACCAACGGCGAAUCCACCGAAGAUCAGAAUGAGAAUCAGAAUCAGAAUCAGAAUCAGAAGGUUGACGACGCGAGCCCAGCGGUCGUGACCGAGUCCUCACCAAGCGACGACGACGACGACGACGUCUUCAUCCAAUCCCUCUUCGACAUUCUCGUGCUACAGAGCGCCUUUGAGCUCCCAGAGGCUGGAUCCGAGGAUGACGAUGAUGAGGAUGCGCUGCUGCUGCUGCGGAACGCGAUGCAGGAGAAGGUCGAACUCGAUGCCGCGAGUCGGAAGCGGAUACAGGCUGCUGCGAAGGAAUACUGGAAGAGGACCUCGUUGCUGUUUGGUUUGUUGGCCUAG